AUGGCAACUCCGAAGUCAGAGCUGAGCCUAGGAAGUAACCUUACUGGACCAGUGUCACUGCCGUACGGAAUAUCGCCUUUGGACGUAUCAAACCCGGAGGCAUGGAGCAGCUACAAGGAACGGUUAUCCUUCUUCUACGAAGCCACGGGCGUAGCUGCACCGGAGAAGCAGCGCGCUAUCUUCAUGACGGUAUGUGGCGACAACGCAUACGUUCUUCUACGUUCACUAUUGCAACCUAAGCAAGUGUCGGAGGUGCCAUACAAGGAUAUUGUUAAAGUCCUUGAUGAAUACUUCAUGCCUAAGCCAUCUGAAAUUGUUAGGCGCGUGUCUUUCAUGCGCCGAACACAAAGACAGGAUGAGUCUAUAGCGACGUACGCUGCCGAACUUAAGAAGCUGAGCGAGUUUUGUAACUACUCAUUGCUGGAAGAAAUGCUGCGUGACAGAUUCGUAGCAGGCAUACGCGAAGAAACGAUACAGAGGCGUCUCUUUGAAGAGACUGACCUAACGUUCAAAAAAGCGUAUGAGCUGGCGCUGGCAGCAGAAGCUUCUCGAAAAAGUGUAAGCCUCGUCCGAACGCCGCUUCCGCCAGCCCAGGAAGUGUUAUCAGCAAAUCUUCACAAGAUAAAACUGUCAGCUGAAUCAAGGGCGUCCAAAGACUGUUGUUACCGAUGCGGAGGCGAACACGAUGGUUCUAGUUGUCGUUUCAAAACAUAUAAAUGUAACCUUUGUGGCAAGGUUGGUCAUCUUGCAAGAGCAUGUAGAUCCAGGAAGGGAGGGAAGGGUGCCUCACGAGCAAGGCCAGCCCAUGGCAAGGCAUUUAAGAUUAGCAAUGCUGAGGAGUUUACGGUGGGAAUAAUCAACAGAACUCAAGAAAGCGAGGUUACUGAACCAAUUAUAAUGUCAGUGAACAUUAACGGAAAACCCCUCUCAAUGGAAAUUGACUCAGGGGCAGGACACUCUAUGAUAAGUGAGGCCACGCUCAGAAGGCUGUGGCCAGUACCCCCGAAACUUGUCCGCAAGAAUGUCGUGUUGAAAACAUGGUCCAAGGAGACUCUUCCGGUUCUGGGGGCAUUUCCCGUCGAAGUCCGGCACGGCAAUGAUGUACACCACCUUGAAGUGUUGAUUGCGAAGGGAGACUGCCCAAGUCUGAUUGGACGGAAUUGGUUCAAGGCAUUGAACAUCUCUGUAGAUGUUGUGAACACAGUAGAGUCAAUGGAUCGUAAAUGGAUGCAAUAUCCGGUGUUCCAACGAGAAUUUGGGAGAUACACUGGGCCGAACGUGACUUUAAACAUGCCGCCAAGCGCAAGCCCUAUCUACCUCAAGUCGAGACAGAUUCCGUUCGCCAUGCGCGAUAAGGUGGAUGAAGCGCUAGAAGUUAUGAUUGCGGAAGGUAUAUUGGAGCCGGUUACAUUUUCUAACUGGGCAACACCGAUAGUACCAGUCUUCAAGAAAGAUGGAUCCGUGAGAAUCUGCGGUGAUUAUAAAGUAACAGUGAACAGGGCUUUACUGCCGGAUCGAUACCCGCUACCCACUGCAGACGAAAGUUUUGGAAAUAUUGCGGGAGGAGAGUUCUUCUCAAAGCUAGAUUUGUACCAAGCCUACUAG